GCGCUCUGUAAUAAAUUGUGGCUUUGACUCUGGCUUUAACACCUGCAGGAUGUGAGUCCCUGGGGUUACCUUUGACCCCGUCUCCAUACAGACAUGUUGCGGAGCAGAGCCGCUGUGGAGGUGGUCCAUCUCGGCCGGAUCUGUUUCGGGACCGCGGAGCGGCUGCAGGAGGUUUUCGUCAGACGUCACCGGGAGCGGAGCGACGCGCCGCAGCACGCGCUGCUUCUGUGCGAGCAUCCGCCCGUCUUCACCAUCGGCAUCCGGCAGACCCCCUACCCGCCCGAGGAGGAGCGGAGACUCCGGCUGCUGGGGGCCGACUUCCGCCGCACCAACCGCGGCGGCCUCAUCACCUUCCACGGGCCCGGCCAGCUGGUGGUCUACCCGGUGCUGAACCUGACCUCCUUCAGGAGGAGUGUCCGCUGGUACGUGCAGCAGCUGGAGGAGCUCGUCAUCCGGCUCUGCGGCAGGUUCGGGAUCCGCGCGUGCACGUCCCCUCACACGGGGGUCUGGGUGGGAGACAACAAGAUAUGUGCUAUAGGAAUCCAUUGCGGGAGGUACAUCACGUCUCACGGUCUGGCUCUGAACUGCAAUACAGAACUGGACUGGUUUAAGCACAUCGUUCCUUGUGGGAUCGAAGGGAAAGGGGUGACGUCGCUCAGUUUGGAGCUUGGCAGGAACGUCACCACAGAGGAAACUAUUCCCUACCUGCUGGAAUCCUUCAGAGACCAGUUUGACUGUGACCUGUGGAGUGGAGAUUAGUGGGCUGUGUAUUUGGCGGGUAUUUAUUUGUUAAACCACUUCCAGACUGAUGUUUGUGUCUCUUUGAGUCACGGCGGCCUUGGGUGGUCUUGUUUGGACGCCUAGUGAGGAUCAGGAACCUGAUGAAGAUGUUUUCAGUUGUGUGCAAUGAAUUACAAAAUGUGGCGGUUCAGGUUCCAAAUAAAAGUAUUCAUUGAAAUUUCCUGCAGCAGCUUUGUCCCGUCUAGAAAACGUUCCUAUGGGUCAGUCAUUCCAUUCCAUCAUCCAACCCACUUAUCCUGCUCUCAGGCUCACGAGGAUGCUGGAGCCUAUCCCAGCAGUCGCUGGGCGGCAGAUGGGGAGA